CAGAGAUAUGGACCUGUAAUAUCUACAAUUCCUCAGCAGCUUUCCAGAUUCCAGUUCAACAUGAUCCAUCAAUAGGAUAGUAGAUGGACAUUAAAGUGCUCCUCCGGGAUAAAAAUGACAUCCAAUAGAUUUAAUUGGGUUCCCAUAUUUUGAGGAUGACCAAGACCUACUCCAUGACUCGAUUCACUUUUAUACAAUACACAGAUAUAUGACAUUCAUCUGAUUAUUUGUGUUAAAUGGCUUCUUUUGGAUUGCUACAAAGACAGGUACAGUACGAAAGCCUGGUAACUUGCAACUUUGCAGGGUACAAUGUUGCCAUAUUUGUGUUGUUGCUUGUUGAUCAUUGACAUAGGGUUGCUAGGUUUCUUUUGUUCCGAGAGGCUCGUAAAAGUAGCAAUCUAAGUGAUCUUCCUUGCCGAAUCGCGUUUGAAAGCGGUGCUGUUCUUGCUGUUCUCAUCUUAUUGUCUUGGUAGGAGUUUGUGUUCAUGUGGGGAAAAAUGUAGGUAUUCUAGUUUCUUCUGGUCUCAUGUGCGAGACAAUUUUGUUUCUAGCCCAUGAUGUCAAAAAUGUUUCAUUAUGGAAUACCGAAAUUUUGCAGCUUGUAUCACUUUGGAUUUAACCUGUAAAUCUACAUAUUUGAAAAAAACAGUUACUUUCUA